AUGACAGAUUUCAUCGCUUAUCUACUUCAUGUAGGAAAAGGUUAUCUCAUUGAUAAGGUUGAAUCUUCCCUUAAAUUCUUUGCAGAUUUGGAAGAUUGGCAAUUAUUGAAAGAUCCACUUUAUUAUCGAGUCAAAACAGGAGCCCUUAAAUCAUGUAACCUUUGUGACAGAAAUCCUUUGCAAAGGGAUCCUUUCAUGGCUGACUACAUCAAGAAUUACAUUACUCAAUUUAAACCGAAGGCUCCAAACGAAGGGUUUAAUUACUAUUUGACCUGUGCUCUCCCUGUGAUUGUGUAG